AUGGAUCAGCAUCAGUACAUCUACCACCUGGUUGAAGAGUUCCGAGGCGAUGAAACCUAUAUACCAUUUUAUGACGUUCCUAGACGUCAGGAAAGCCGUGUGUGGAUUCAUGAAGAUGACCCUACACCAACAAUGAAAGUAUUAGUUGCGACAGAAUAUUCUGCCUCCCGGAGUGUACCAUUUGCGGCAGAGGAACCCUUAUAUCAGCUAAAUGAAGUGGCCUGUGCUAUAGUAUUGCAAUACCUAGAAACAGAUAUACGACAGAAUGGAGUUAAUCACAAGGCCGUUGUAUUGCCUGCUUGUUAA